AUGCCAGAACAUGUUAGAAAAAAUGUUGAUAUGGAAGGAACAAUUAGAUUAGGAUUAAAAAAAAAUUUUUUUUUAACAAAAGAAUGUAAACUUCAAAAAUUAUAUAAAUCUGUAAUAAUUAAAGAAAGACAUCGUCAUAGAUAUGAAGUAAAGCCAACAAUUGUUCCAAAACUUUCAGAAGCUGGUUUAUUGUUUGUAGGAAUAGGAGUUGAUAAUUCUAGUAAUACUUAUAUUAAUCAAAAAAAAACUUUAUCAGCAAAUAAUCUUAUUAAAAUGACAACAUCAUCUCAUUCAGAAAGUCUCUUACAAACAGUAAAUAAAAUUUGUUCUAUAAGUAGCGACGAUAAAUCAAAUACUAAUGUAUGUAUGGAAAUUUUAGAAAUGAGAGACCAUCCAUAUUUUGUUGGAUGUCAAUAUCAUCCAGAAUAUCUUUCUCAUCCUAUAACUCUAUCACCACCAUUUUUUGGUUUGUUAUUGGCUGCUUCUGGACAAAUUGAAGAAUUUUUUCUUUAA